AGUGCAUCCCUCAUUGAUUAGCAGCGGGCUUCCGGGUGUAGAAAGAUGGCCACCGACCGGAAGUUGUCGCAGUUGAAACAGCUUCCGGCGUGGGAGAAGAGUGCGCGGCUUGUUUUGCGGUCCAUUUAUUUGUGUUAUACAACUGGAACUGCCGCUAUCAUGUGUCAGUCCAUGGAGAUGGUCUAAAGCAGAACUCGGCAGUAGUGUUGCUGGUCCCGGGGUCAGACAAAAGGUUUCAUUUUCUUCUGUCUGAGCCAAUAUCGGAGGAUAAUGCCUGUGAUCAAACUGAAGCACGUGGUUUCCUGUAGCAGCGCCGAUACAACACACACAGCAGAGAACCUUCUGAAAGCUGACACAUACCGCAAAUGGAAAGCUGCCCGUCCUGGGGAGAAGCAGAUCUCCGUCAUUUUGCAGUUUGAAAAGGAGGAGCAGAUCCACAGCAUUGAUAUCGGCAAUGAAGGUUCUGCUUUUGUGGAAGUUCUGGUUGGACGCUCAACUUCAAUCAGCGAGCAGGAAUAUGAGGUCCUCCUGGGAAUGUCAUCGUUCAUGUCUCCGAGCGAGAGCAAGAAUGAAAGCAACCUCAAUCGAACGCGAAUGUUCGGACCAGACAAGCUUGUGAAAGGAGCAGCUGAAAAGAAAUGGGAUCGGGUGAAGAUCAUGUGCACCCAGCCCUACACUAAGAACCUAGCAUAUGGGAUUUCAUUCAUACGUCUGAACUCUCCCCCAGAGGAUGGCUCUCCCACCGCUCCCUCACCGAAAGUGACCAAACUUGGCCAGUUUAUGGUAAAGGAAGAAGAGAACUCCUCUCCUUCAAUGCGUCCCGGGAGUCUGUUUUUCAACCGCACCAGCAAGCCACAGGUUACUCCACCAAAAACUCCUCCUGCCACACAAAGCUAUGCAGCUGCAGCAUUACAGGGCACAGCAGAGACCAGCUCAAGCACUGAAAAACAAAUUAAAACCCCACCGAGCAAUAACAUCACAAAGGAACCGUCGUCUAGUAAACGCAAGUUUGAGUUCAAUAAAGAACCCUCGAGCCAUUCAGCAGUCAAGAAACCUGACGUCAAGGAGUCGCCAUCUUCCACCAAAGCGAAAACAUCAUCACAGCCAGCCCCCAAAAAGCCAAAAGUUGAGACUCCUCCCACAAAGAAGCCUUCGCCAUCGGAGAAGCCCAACCAGAAGAAGUCGCCUCCAUCUUCUCAGCCUAUGGACCUGGGCCGCAUUCUGCAGGGCACAGUGUUUGUGCUAAGUGGCUUUCAGAAUCCGUUCCGAUCCGACCUCCGUGAUAAAGCCUUAGAGAUGGGAGCCAAGUACAGGCCAGACUGGACCCCAGACAGUACUCAUCUCAUAUGUGCCUUCGCAAAUACCCCAAAAUUCAGUCAGGUGAAAGCAGCAGGCGGUAUCAUUGUGCGGAAGGAGUGGGUCCUGGAUUGCUACAAGAAGAGACAACGUUUGCCACAGAAGCAGUACCUGUUAGGUACAGCUGAAUCCAGUAGCGACGAAGAAGAUGAUAGUGAGGAAGAUGAACCCCCCAAAGCUCCACAACAUAAGCCGCACCCUGAUCCAAGCCGCACAAACCACAAAAAGCCUUCGCCAAGCCCAGCCAAGGUCAAAGAGAAAAGAGCUCCAAUAAAAAGCGAAGAUGAAGAUACAGAGGAUGAAAAUACCAGAAUAGUGCCCUCAAAAGCAAACCACAAACCUAAACAAGAGGAUGAAUAUGAUGCAAGCACUGAUGAGGAAGCCACAGGUGAGAGGCAACAGCAUGAGGAUGAUUCUGGGGAAGAUACGGAAGAUGAGCUCAGAAGGUUCCAGGAGGAGAAACAAGGCAAGAAAGCAGCCGUUAAGGUUGAACGAGUGGAUCCUUACGCCGGAUCUACUGAUGAGAACACUGAUGAGGAGGAGAAACCAGAGCUGGACCUUCCCAUCCCUGCACUGCCUGAUCUGUUCCUGGGGAAGAAGUUCUUUCUGUACGGCGAGUUCCCUGCUGCUGAGCGACGGGUGCUGAGCAGAUACAUCAUUGCUUUCAAUGGAGAGUUGGAGGAGUACAUGAACGAAAAAGUCCAGUAUGUGAUCACUGCCCAGGAAUGGGAUGACAGUUUUGAAGAUGCUCUCAAUGAAAACACAAACGUGUCUUUUGUCCGGCCUCGUUGGAUCUACAACUGCAACGAGCGACAGAAGUGUAUCCCUCACCAGCCAUACGUUGUGGUACCGAAGGUGUAAUAUCCGAUGACAAGAAUAAGAGACGACCCAUCAGAUGGGACAAUAGGGGCAUUUUUAAGAUUUCCAAAGAAUGGGCUCGCACCUCGCCGUAAUCCGGGACUGGCUGUUGCAGUGUGAGGUGGCCCUGUCUGGUGUGUGUGUAUAUCGCUAUACAGAGUGUUGUAUAUUUUGUAAACAGACAAGUUUCUUAGAUAUUUGUGGACUUACUUUGAUCGAACAAUUUUUACAAAAUCUUUUUGUCUGCUCUGUGUAGCCCCCAUGCCGCGUAAAAUAGAAAAUGGCUUCAAUAGCAGAAAAGACACCCAGUGAUGUCUGUGCGAUUGUCACACAAAUGCGGGAAUAACCAGUUGGCUUCUUACGCAAUGGGAGUUAUUCGCUGUUUUAGGUGACAAAGUAGCCUGAAAAAGAGCGUUUUGAGUUAGGUCAUUUUUUUUUUUAUAAAAGCUGAGCAUGUUUUUGUUUUUUGUUUUUUUUUAGGGUAAAAAAAUUUUCUCCAGAGACUUGCCCCUGUGAUCACCAUAACAAAAAACACUACUUGCUGUUUCCCUAAUGAUUAUUCACAUUUGUUUUACUAGGACAGUAGAGCUAAAGCUGGAUAUGUAGUGACGUGACAGUUGUGCAUCUCUUGUCAAACUUAUAUGACUGUUUCCCAAAACCACUGGACAGAUGCAGGUAAAGGGGUUCCAUACCUUCGCCGCAAUAGGAAGCAGCCUGGGACUAUUUCACCUGCUUUGUUUUCUUCUUGGGGGCAAUAAAGCGCAAAGCAAUCA